AAACUCAGAGAGAGAUUUAAAAUUUUAUUUUAAAUUGUAAUCUCCCAAGGCCGAAGUGGGGAUGAGAGAUAGAAAGUACAGUACUUUAAUUAAAAAGAAUCAAUAACUUGGGGUUUUACGAUAUGAUCUGCCAUUUCUUAAUUAAGAAAUGAGUUUGACAGUCCUUUGGCCAGCUCACUGUAGACACUGCUAUGAAAACCCCAAAGGGCUGGCCGCGGUCCAAGCGACGAAACUCCAUUCCCCAAGAGACCCCAGGGAGCCAGUCUCAGCCGCUGCGAGUCCCUGGAGCCCUUCCCUCGGUGUCCUCCGAGCUCAGCACGGCGUGGGUCAGGGCGCCUCGGGCUCGCCGCCACCAGGUCCAGCAGAUACCUUUCCCCUCCGCGGGCCCCCAGCGCGCGGCCGCCUCUUCGCCACCCUCCCUCCUGCCGGCGGGGCCUGCGCGGUGCUCCGGACCAGCAGCCCGGGUAGCGGCCGCAGGAAGCGAAGACCUUGUUGAUGCCGUUCCGUGGUGUGUCUCUCCACCCUCCGGGGGCCGCCAGGCUCUUCCCGGCAUUAGCAUGCCUCCCUCCGCGCCUGCGCACUGUUCCGCGGGGGCGGGGCUCAGAUUCCUGUCAGCGGCGGUGGCGGUGGCGGCGACCGUCAGUUUUCGCUGAGGAGGAGCACGAAACGGACCCGUUGGUUGUCUCCCCUCUCUUUCCCCGCCCCGAACCUCUCUCCUGGCUCGCCAGGAGUCAGUCCCUGUGGAGUUUCCCUCCGCCCUGCCGCUGUUUCGUCGGUCCUCGGCCCGGUGGAAGUCAACUGCCCUCGAGGAGGAGGCAGCGGCAGCCCGCCCUCGCCGCCCCCCGGUUCGGUGCCCGCGGUCCCGGAGAGGAGGUGCCGCCGCCACCGCCGCUCCCCCCCUCUCGCUGCCUUCGGGCCGGGCUGGGUCGAGCUGCGAUGCCCUCGGACUUCAUCUCAUUGCUCAGCGCGGACCUAGACCUGGAAUCGCCCAAGUCCCUGUACUCGCGAGAUUCUCUGAAGUUACACCCAUCACAGAAUUUUCAUAGAGCUGGACUAUUGGAAGAAUCUGUCUAUGAUCUUCUCCCAAAGGAGUUACAGUUACCUCCAUCUAGAGAAACAUCUGUAGCAUCAAUGAGUCAGACAAGUGGUGGUGAGGCAGGCUCGCCUCCUCCAGCUGUAGUUGCUGCUGAUGCUUCUUCAGCUCCCUCCUCUUCCUCCAUGGGCGGUGCUUGCAGCUCCUUUACCACCUCUUCCAGCCCUACCAUUUAUUCUACCUCAGUCACCGACAGCAAGGCUAUGCAAGUGGAGAGCUGCUCCUCAGCCGUGGGGGUAAGUAACAGAGGGGUAAGUGAAAAGCAGUUAACCAGUAACACAGUUCAGCAGCAUCCAUCAACCCCGAAGAGGCACACGGUUUUGUACAUCUCACCACCACCUGAGGACUUGCUGGAUAACAGUCGGAUGUCCUGCCAGGAUGAGGGGUGUGGAUUGGAAUCUGAGCAGAGCUGCAGUAUGUGGAUGGAGGAUUCCCCCUCCAACUUCAGUAACAUGAGCACCAGUUCCUACAAUGAUAACACUGAGGUACCUCGUAAAUCACGAAAACGAAAUCCAAAGCAGAGGCCGGGGGUCAAACGACGAGAUUGUGAAGAAUCUAAUAUGGAUAUAUUUGAUGCCGACAGUGCCAAAGCACCUCACUAUGUGCUUUCUCAGCUUACUACGGACAGCAAAAACAACUCAAAAGCUGGAAAUGGAACAUUAGACAACCAAAAAGGAACAGGAGUAAAGAAGAGCCCUAUGUUGUGUGGACAGUAUCCUGUUAAAAGUGAAGGAAAGGAGCUAAAAAUAGUUGUACAGCCUGAGACCCAGCACCGAGCUCGGUACCUGACUGAGGGCAGCCGUGGCUCAGUAAAAGAUAGAACCCAGCAAGGCUUUCCUACAGUAAAGCUGGAAGGCCAUAAUGAACCAGUAGUGCUACAGGUAUUUGUGGGCAAUGACUCUGGUCGAGUAAAACCACAUGGAUUUUAUCAGGCCUGUAGAGUAACUGGACGAAAUACAACUCCCUGUAAAGAAGUGGAUAUUGAAGGCACCACUGUUAUAGAAGUUGGCCUUGAUCCUAGCAACAAUAUGACACUCGCGGUGGACUGUGUAGGAAUAUUAAAGUUGAGGAAUGCUGAUGUUGAAGCCAGAAUAGGAAUUGCUGGUUCCAAGAAGAAAAGCACUCGAGCCAGAUUGGUUUUUCGAGUUAACAUCACAAGGAAAGAUGGCUCCACAUUGACCUUGCAGACACCCUCUUCUCCAAUUUUGUGUACUCAGCCAGCAGGAGUGCCAGAGAUCUUAAAGAAAAGCUUACAUAGCUGUUCAGUGAAAGGAGAGGAAGAAGUGUUUUUAAUUGGCAAGAACUUUCUUAAAGGAACUAAAGUUAUUUUCCAAGAAAACGUUUCUGAUGAAAACUCUUGGAAAUCAGAAGCUGAAAUCGACAUGGAAUUAUUUCAUCAGAACCAUCUCAUUGUCAAGGUUCCUCCAUAUCAUGACCAACAUAUAACUUUGCCUGUGUCUGUGGGAAUAUAUGUCGUGACCAAUGCUGGAAGAUCCCAUGAUGUCCAGCCAUUCACUUACACUCCAGACCCAGCAGCAGCAGCUGGUGCUUUGAAUGUAACUGUGAAGAAGGAAAUAUCCAGCCCAGCAAGACCUUGCUCUUUUGAAGAAGCCAUGAAAGCAAUUAAAACUACUGGAUGUAACUUAGAUAAAGUAAAUAUUCUUCCUAAUGCCCUGAUCACUCCACUCAUAUCGAGCAGUAUGAUUAAGAGUGAAGAUGUUACUCCAAUGGAAGUAACAGCAGAAAAAAGAUCUUCCCCUAUUUUUAAGACUACAAAGACAGUUGGGUCAACUCAACAAACUUUAGAAAAUAUCUCUAACAUACCAGGAAAUGGGUCCUUUUCAUCACCAUCAUCUUCCCACUUACCUUCAGAAAAUGAAAAGCAGCAGCAGCUUCAGUCCAAGGCAUACAAUCCAGAAACUCUGACUACUAUCCAAACACAGGACAUCUCACAAUCUGGGGCCUUUCCAGCAGUUUCUGCCUCUAAUCAGCUGCCUGGCAGUGAGGCACUACUCCAGCAGGCUACACAGUUUCAGACAAGAGAAACUCAAUCUAGAGAAGUGUUGCAGUCAGAUGGUACAGUAGUUAAUUUGUCACAGCUGACUGAGGCCUCACAACAACAGCAGUCACCACUGCAAGAACAAGCACAGACUUUACAGCAGCAGAUUUCAUCAAAUAUUUUUCCAUCACCAAAUAGUGUGAGUCAACUACAGAAUACCAUUCAGCAGUUGCAAGCAGGAAGUUUUACAGGCAGUGCUGCUAGUAGCAACAGUGGAAGUGUUGACUUGGUCCAGCAAGUUUUAGAGGCACAGCAACAGUUAUCUUCAGUGUUAUUUUCUGCUCCAGAUGGUAAUGAGAAUGUUCAAGAACAGCUCAGUGCGGGCAUUUUUCAACAAGUCAGUCAAAUUCAAAAUAGUGUAAGUCCUGGAAUAUUUUCUUCAACAGAACCAGCAGUUCACCCCAGGCAAGAUAAUUUAAUACCUGGGAGAGCUGAAAGUGUUCGUCCACAGACUGAAAGCACGUUGUCUAAUCCGCAGCAGCAGCAACAACAACAGCAAGUGAUGGAACCAUCAGCUGCAAUGGUGAUAGAGAUGCAGCAGAGUAUUUGCCAAGCAGCUGCCCAGAUUCAGUCAGAGUUAUUCCCUUCAACUCCUUCAGCAAAUGGAAACCUUCAGCAGUCGCCAGUUUACCAACAGCCUUCUCAUAUGAUUAAUGCACUAUCUACCAAUGAGGACAUACAAAUGCAGUGUGAAUUGUUUUCUACUCCUCCUGCAGUUUCUGGAAAUGAAACUUCUACCACCACCACACAGCAAGUUGCAACCCCUGGUGCGACCAUGUUUCAGACACCAAGUUCGGGAGAUGGAGAAGAAACUGGAGUGCAAACAAAACAGAUUCAGAAUAAUGUCUUUCAGACCAUAGUCCAAAUGCAACAUAGUGGGGACAGUCAGCCUCAAGUUAACCUUUUUUCAUCUACAAAAAGUAUGAUGAGUGUUCAGAAUAGUGGUACCCAGCAACAAGGUAAUGGUUUAUUCCAGCCAGGGAAUGACAUGAUGUCACUUCAGUCUGGGAAUUUUUUGCCACAGUCUUCUCACUCACAGGCUCAACUUUUUCACCCUCAAAAUCCUAUUGCUGAUGCGCAGAAUCUUACGCAGGAAACUCCAGGUUCUAUUUUUCAUAGUCCAAAUCCUAUUGUCCACAGUCAGACUUCUACACCAUCCUCUGAACAAAUGCAGCCUCCAAUGUUUCAUUCUCAGAGUACCAUUGCUGUAUUGCAGGGCUCUUCAGUUUCACAAGAUCAGCAGUCACCCAACAUAUUUCUUUCCCAAAGUCCUAUGAAUAAUCUUCAAACUAACACAGUAGCCCAAGAAGAACAGAUUUCAUUUUUUGCACAGAACUCCAUUCCUCCACUUCAGUCAGCAUCAAACACUGAACAGCCAACUGCUUUCCAACAGCAGUCUCCAAUAUCACAUAUCCAGAGCCCUAUGCUUUCCCAAGAACAGGCUCAAUCUUCCCAACAAAGUUUAUUUCAGCCUCAGGUGUCACUGGGUUCCCUUCCACCUAAUCCAAUGCCUCAGAACCAACAAGGAGCAAUUUUCCAGGCACAGCACUCAAUAGUGGCCAUGCAGAGUAACUCUCCGUCUCAGGAGCAGCAGCAGCAACAACAGCAGCAGCAGCAACAGCAACAGCAACAACAGCAGCAGAGCAUUUUAUUCAGUAAUCAGAAUACCAUAGCUUCAAUGGCAUCUCAAAAGCAGCCACCACCAAACAUGAUAUUUAGUCCAAAUCAAAAUCCAAUGGCUAGUCAGGAGCAACAGAAUCAGUCAAUUUUUCAUCAACAAAGUAAUAUGGCCUCAAUGAAUCAAGAGCAGCAGCCCAUGCAAUUUCAGAAUCAGCCCACAGUUUCCUCACUUCAGAAUCCUGGUCCUACUCAGUCUGAGUCUUCGCAGACCUCCUUGUUCCAUAGCUCUCCUCAGAUUCAGUUGGUACAAGGGUCACCUAGUUCUCAAGAGCAGCAAGUUACACUCUUCCUCUCUCCAGCAUCCAUGUCUGCUUUGCAGACCAGUAUAAGCCAACAAGACAUGCAACAGUCUCCUCUUUAUUCCUCUCAAAACAACUUGCCUGGAAUCCAGGGAGCCACAUCUUCACCACAGCCACAGUCUACUUUAUUUCACAACACUGCAGGAGGCACAAUGAACCAACUACAGAAUUCUGGCUCCUCUCAACCAACUUCAGGAAUGUUCUUAUUUGGCAUUCAGAAUAACUGUAGUCAGCUUUUAACCCCUGGACCAGGUGCACUGCCAGAGCAGUUGAUGGCCAUAAGUCAGCCUGGCCAACCACAAAAUGAAGGCCAGUCACCUGUGACAACACUUCUUUCUCAGCAAAUGCCAGAGAAUUCUCCACUGGCGUCCUCUAUAAAUACCAACCAGAACAUUGAAAAGAUUGAUUUGCUUGUUUCUUUGCAAAACCAAGGAAACAAUUUGACUGGCUCCUUUUAACUGGAUAUAAAUCCCUGGGAAAAACAGUCGUGAUUCCAAGAUGUCCUGAGAUCGUGUGGUUCUGUGAAGUGUACUGAACUAUAUUACUUUAAAAACAAAACAAAAAAACUUGAGUACAUGGAUAGAUUUUGUUUUUACUGUAAAAGAACAUACCUGUGCUGCCUUUUGCAGUAAUUAACUACCAUUGUUAACAUUGUCAUAUUUUAUAUUUCUGAUAACAGUGAUGACUGAGAAUCUGUUUCAAUUUCGGACUGAAAUAAGUGUUGCCACUUUCCUAGGCACAGUUUCUUUAAAAGUGCAGUUAAAAUUCAAAAUUGAACCACUCAGUUGUUAUUGCUAUUAGAAAAUAAUAUUUGUCAUGUUUACUUUUAUUAUUUUCUUUAUUGCAUUAUUUUAGUCACACAAAGGUUUAUAAAAAGGUAAAGUUCAUUAAUAACUAAGGCUAUUUUGUUGUUGUUGUUAUAUAUGAAAGGUACAGCUGGUGGCCAAAGUGAAGGAAUUUUUCAGUUUUUAUGGAGAAACUGAGGGGGUAACAUUCCAAGAAGCUGUAUUAAGAACUCUACACAAUAAAAGGACUCUGAAUUAAAUAUUAAAGUAGAUGAUGACACGCUUUACAAAACUAGGGACAGCUGGAAUGCUAUUGAUUUUAUCUGUCAGAGAGUUCUAUUGAGGUUUAGCUAUAACUACGUUGAAAAUCAUUAUUUUGCUCUGUGAAAAAAUGAAGAGGGUAAUACAUAGUAAAUACAUUCUGAUAUCCUCCUACAGUUGUAAACUGACAGUAAUUUAGUCUGUUUUCUUCUUAACCCACUCUUAGGCUGGAGUUCUGUUUAUAUGCAUCGCUGUUACUUUACAUCUCCUUUUCCCUUCAAUUUAGACAACUAUUAAUAUAGUACUGUGACCCUGUAACAACUUAAAGGGAAAGGCCACUUUGACCCAGGGUGACCUAGCAACUCUGCAGCACAGGACAAGGAGAGCUCUUUAAGAAUUACUGGGAACUGAUUGCUGAGAAAACUGCAUCUAUCCCUCACUCCCACCCCAUCCUCAUGAACGGUGCUGUUCUGAAGUCUUUAAAAUUUCCCGUCUAACAGAAAACAGUGUAGUGCUUGCUUCAGCAGCACAUAUAAUAUAGAAAACAGUAUCCAUUUUCAUUUAAAAAACAAAUCCAAACUAAAAUUUCUUGAAACAUCACUUUUCUCUGAGCUGCAGUGAAUAUAAUUCACUUGUCACCUCAGUGCUUUAAAGUUUAAGAGGUCACUUACCUGAUGGCUCCCAUAAGCCUUAGGCUUUAUAGGGUCAUAUCAUGGACUUAAAAUGAAAUGUACUAACUUGUGUUACAUCUAUAAAGAGCAAAAUAACACACUCCAGAACUUACAGAUGUAGCGUUAGUUAUACAGUUUGGGGUGUUCUUACCACCAAUGGGAUGCCUGCUUCUAACUACCGCCUGUGUCUGGAUAUGUGCUUACGUCUCAUUUUCCUUUGGGCAUGUGGAAAGCUGUCAAUGCAGUGUAAGGCCAACGUGUAUGUGUGGCUUCUAUGUAUUGAUAUAAAGUUUUGGUAUCCUUGUCCAUUCAUUUUUUUUAAAUGUACAAAAAAUAACCUGUUAAUUGUUGUUGGAGGCUACUUUUCUGUUUGAUUUUUUUUUUCCUUCUUCCUAUUCUAUACAUUUAGUUGACCUGUGUGGAUUUGUGGUGUUGGUUUUGUUUAUAUAGCUAGAUUUUAUCCUUUUUGUGUUAUCUCCCUUUGUUCUUUGAAUGUGCUCUUCUUCUGUUUUUCUGUUUAUUCUCCUCCAUAUUUCCUUCCACUCCCCCGCCCUUUCUUUCUUUCUCUCUCUGAUUGAGAGGCAUUGAAUUACGUUUUCAGUAGUACAGGCUUCUUGCCGAUAUGAAGGGAACUUUUCAGAAAGAGACCUACUCUGGGUCAUUUAAUUUUGAAUACAGUUUUCAAUCGUUCAAGUUUUGGAUGGUUUAUAUCUAAUGUGUGUUUCAUUUUUUUGGAAAGCUAUAUUUUGUAUUUAGGAAAUGGUAUACUAUUUUGCUAUUUGUACUGAGUGAGUACAUUGGCAUAAAUAUAGAAAUUUAUAUAUAUACAUAUAUAUAAACUAUUCUUUUUUUGCCACACAUUUUUGUGGUAAAUUUGUGAGUUUGUCUGAUGUUCUACCACAACGUGGCGUCUGAUAACAGUGAGGGGGGGUUUGUUAUGUCUUUAUUGCGUAUUUAAGUACCUUUUGAAACAAUGACCUGUUCAUCCGUAGCCAUUCCAUCAGGCAGUUCUUGAUGUUAUUAGUGAGCUGAAGGCAGCUUCCUGUGUUUGCUGCAUCUUUCAGUCAGCAAAAAGUUAAUGAGUGAGGAAACCUAUUGAGACAGUUGUGUCAAUUGGUAUUUCACAAGAAUGAGCCAUUCAGCCUUUGCUCACUAUGUAAUAUUUUAUUAUUGUAAUAGUUAAUUGGCUUUCUGUAUUCUAUGCCUUUUAUUUAUAAAAACACUAAAAAAUCCCAUGUUUGUAAUUUUAAUAACAUUUUCCCCAUCUUGUAAUAUUCAGAGCUACUUUAUAAAUUCUAUGCACCAAAAGUAUUUUUCUCAAUGUAUCUCUUUCCCUGUCCCCUAUUAGGAAAAAUUACUCAGUGUAGUUCAGGUUAUGAGAAGGAUCAGCCACACAAUCCAGUGCUUCAGUUUUAAAAUGUAAAACUGUAACCCUAGAGGGCUGCGUAUAAUGCAAGCAAGCUCAGCAGGUAUUAAAAAGAAAGAAUUUUUUAAACACUAUAUUUUAUCUCUGAAUUUUCUUCUGAGAUUAUGUAGGAUACUCAAGAAGUUUGUUGUUUGUUCAUCAAUUUGAUUAGAUUGUGUGUCAAUACUGCACCAUGAGUGAAGUGGUGGCAAGAAGACUGGCUUGUGUGGUGCUUCUGUUCUGUGCUUUAGCAAGAGGUUUAUCCUUACAAAAUAGGGGUUGGCAAAGCCAAGUCACUGGGACCAAUUUUCUGUUUUAUAAUAUCUAGGUUUGGAACAGAACAUACACCUGAACUGUAGUGGUUGGAUUGGAUGGAGGCAUAAAACCCAAUUUUUAUUCUCAUACAUUUUGUGGUUAUUUAUACAAGGGCUGUGAUACGCUACCAUAUUCUUAAUCCAUAAUGAUAGUUUGUUUCUUGGUUUUUUUGUUUUUUAAACAUUGUUAAAUGUUCCUUACCCCUAAAUGUCAAUGUUAAGUUCCACAUUCUGAAUAUAUGAUUUGGUUACAAAGAGUAUUUGUCUUUUUAUUGAAGAAUUAGCUCAGUGGUUGAUACUUUUGUUAAUAAGGCAGUUUCCUAGUUACUGUUACAAGUUCCAGGUAGAAACUGUAGAAAACUCAGUGAGCCAGCAAAGGCCUUGGAAACAACAAUUUAUUAAUUUAUGGCAGAAAGACCAAAAUAAACUGUGAGCCACAUUUUUUUAUGCUGUUACGUUCAGUUACUCUUGCUUUCAGCAACUCAUACAAAUGCUUGGAGCUUAUCUUUCUGUCUCUAUGUGAGUUAUUCCUUAUCAUUCCAUUAUAUAUCUAUACCAGUAGAAGAUCAUUAGAACUCAUAUUUUGCUUCUGAGUUAUAGUAAUGUGAUAAAAGUAUAGUGUUACUUAUGAUUUGGAAGACCAUGUUGUUAUUUAACCAGCAAAAAUCUAAUUUUCCCAGAUUCCCUAGAACAGGUCUUAAAGGGAUUAUAGAAGCAGUAUUUGUAAGGGAUCUUCCUUCCUCUUCUCCCCUCUCCUCCUUCCUUCCCCCUCAUUUUCCUUCUAUCAUCCUUUGCUUUUUAAAAAAUAUAAUGUGCUUGAAAUUUCAUUACAAUAUAUUUCUUGCCCAUCAAAACCUUGGCUAAUGUACCAAGGAAAAAAUAAUGUCAAAGGAAAUAAGGAAGAUGAUGUAUCUGUCCCUUCAGAACUAAAACAAUUCCUUUUGACCUUGUAAACCAUUAUAAAUGCUUGUUUUAGAAAAGUGAAGUUUGUUAGACACAUCAACAAAGGAAAAACAGAAUAACUUGAUAUAGUAGGGCCAGGGAUUUAUCUCAGUGGCAUAAAUGCCUGCCUGGAAAGUAUGAGGUCAUGUGUUCGAUCCUUGGUACAAAAAAAAAAAAAAAAAACCAAACCUGAGGGGCUGGGGAUUUAGCUUAGCGGCAUUAGCACCUGCCUUGCCGCUAUCGAUCCUCGGUACCGAUAAAAAAGGAAAAAGAAAAAAACCUGAUGUGCUAAUUAAAUUAAUAAAUUUGACAGAGGUAUAAAUAUUAGGAAUAAUCUGAGAAGCUUUUAUCCUUUCUGGUAAAGUUUUUCUGGUCUGAUGUCUUAUUUCCUAACUGAUCAUUUACUUGUUCUUGUUUUUGUUUUUGUUUUUGAUACCAGGGAUCGAACUCACCACCUUGCACUUAACCAAGCAAGCGCUUGAACCACUAGAGCUAAAUCCCUGACCUGAUUAUUUAAAACUAAUUGGAAAGCUGGGGAUGUACUCAGCAGCACAGUCCCUGCCUGACAAAUAUGAGGUCCUGAGUUCAAUUCCUGCUACCCACAAAAUAUUAAAAUAAAGUUAAAUAAGCCUAAUUGGAAAUUAUGAGACCUAUUUACUUUGAAUCUUGACUUUAGGUUUCAUCUCUUACCAAAGCAACCAUUUUAUAUCUGCAUGCCUUUGGCUAUUAGAAAGGACUUAAUGAAAUAGAAACUGUGAAUGAGCAAAUAAAUUAAAAAAGUAACUCAGGGCUGUGCAUAGCUCAGUGGUAGAGCAUUUGAUUAGCAUGUGCCAGACUCUGUGUUUCAUACCCAGAAUUACCAAAAGUAAAAAGAAACAAAGAAGUUUUCCUUUCUGCCUGUUUGUGUCACUAGAGCUAAAUUGCAGAGGUAUCAUUCAUAAGUAUGAGGGUCUACAGUACCAUUUGUGAUACUCAGAAAUGCUGUAAUUUUUAAAAUCUCUUUAUUUUCAUAUUAUUUUAAGUGUCAUUUAUUAAUAAAAUUCUGUUUUUACUCCACUUGUUCUUUCUGGAGAUUUUUACAUUAAUAUUUUAUAUCUAGAUGAAAUUGUUUAUGGAAAAGUGCCUUUUACUGUGAUAGUACCCUUUUCUUAUAUCAUUUUUCACCAUUACCAAAAACAUGUAAAAAACUGGUCUUUUAUGAAGUCUCGAUUGUCACCUCAUAAGUUCCUUUAACUUAAUAGCAGCAGAGAUCCAUUGCUAGAUUUGGUCCUUAGGGGAGAAUAAGUAAAAGAUUGCUGUUUAUGUAAAGUAACUAUCAAUUUGUCUUCAUCUCAACAAACUAACAAUAGGUCUUUCCUGAAUACUAGUGAAAUUUUCACUAUGUAUAUGAGAGGACAUGUACACAAAUGGGUGGAAAUUUCAGAAAGGAACUAUAUAAAGCACCUGUUUGAGCCAGGUGUGAUGGCACACCCCUGUAAUCCUAGCACUCAGGAGGGUGAGGCAGGAGAAUCACUGCAAGUUUGAGGCCUGCCGAGGCCACAAAGUGAGUUUAAGACCUACUUGAACUGCUUAACUGCAUAACUUUUUUUAUGAUCUUAAUUAGAUGGAUGAAAAUAAAUCACUAAAACAUAAGAUAGACAAGGCCUGACAGUAUCAGCUUUUCUGCACUUAGAGUUUGUUUUUUGGAUUUUGUUUUGUAGUUCAAGAUGGCCUUGAGGCAAUCCUCAUACCUCGGCCCCCAAGUGCUAGGCUUAUAGGCUUGUGCCAGCACUCUCAGAUAUAGUAUACUUCUUGCCCAUCAGAGCCUCAGUAAUUUGCCUAAGAAAACUAGUGUCAAAGAAAAAUAAGGGAAAAUUUAUACCUGAUUCCUUUCAGACAUAAGAAAAUAACUUUUACUAGAUACAGUUGCAUUGAGUGUCUUUCUGGGUGUUUUAAUUUUCUUUUUGUUCCAGCUGCUUACCACAGGGGUGGUGCUUAAAGAAAGGACCAUCAAUAGCAGAUUGGGACUGUAGUACCUUUGUGAUAGAGCUCCCUUCCACGUGCAGGAAUAUUUGUGACUGUUAGUAACACUGAGAACUACAAAUCUUUAUGCAAUAUUCUUAAAAGCCUACUGACAUUAUGCACUUUAAUCAUUCCAAAGAAGCCAAAAAUGCUACUUAGUGAGUCUUUCCUAUUGAAUGAUUCUUAACCUUUUAGAAUCCUGUGUCCCCUUUUUAAUUUGGAUAUCAGACUUGGUGUAAGUGUUAUGUGAAUAUUCUCUAAAAUGACUUUAUAGUGGGACUUAGAAAUAUAAUUGACUUGAGGCGAAAUAAUUAUACUUUAAAAAGCCAUUUUAGAAACAUUAUAACUGAUUAUAUAUUUGAGAAUGCAUUAAAGCCCAGUUCCCCUUCCUGUAUAUUUUAUGUCAUUUUAUAAGAUAAUUAUAGUAUGAACGUUUCCAUAUGUAAACUAUGGUUCUUAAAAUAUGGUCCUCAGCCACCAGCUAGUAUCAGUGUAACUUGGAAACUAGUUAUCGGUACCGGGAAUCGAACUCACGACCGCCUGCUUGCAAGGCAGGUGCUUAUGCCGCUGAGCUAAAUCCCCAGCCCCAGAAAUACAUGUUCUUGAACCUUAUCCCAGAUAGACUCAAAUGGAGCUGAGCAGAAUUAAUAAGCCCUCCAAAGGUUGUGAUGCACACUAAAGUUUAUGAACCAUUGGUAUAAAAUAUAUCUAGUGAGAGCAAAAAUGUUUCUUUUCCUACCCAUGGAGAUAAGAUUAUGCAUUGUCAAAAAAAAAAAAGAUUAUGCAUUGUCUUUUAGGUGAUUUCAGCUUAUCUUGUUGUCUAUAAUCACUUAUUGACAGUGAUAAUUUAUUCUUCAUACUGCCUAAGAAACACAUGUAUUUUAUAUACAUGUACAAGUUAGUCUGGUUAUUUAUAAUUCAUUGUUAGUUUGGCAUUUUCCUACCACUUACUAAAAGUUUACAUUAGAUGACUGAUUUAAAUAUAUAUAGGUACAAUGUUCAGUGUUUCUUUUAAUUGUUAUAACAUUUAAGUAGCUAAGAUAUUUGAUGGGUGCUAACUUCUCCUGUUUAUCCAUAAUAUGGGUGCAUUGUGGGCAGUAUAAUACAAGCUUUCUUUUCAUUGAUUCUUACUUUACUAGCAGACCACAAUUUUGCUGUGGCUAGAUCAACUCUCAGAACAAAAUUAUCAUUCCUUAUAAUUAUGUUUCUAUCUGAGAUAGUAAGAUGGCCAGGUUAACAGCACCUUACUUUCUUCUUUUAAUAGAUAAAACUUCUUUGAAAGUAGCUUGCUUCACAUUCACAUAACAGUGUUACAAUACAAAUGUAGCUCUCUUUGGAGCUUAUGCUUCAGAUAGAGUUAUUUGCUAAAAUAAAUAUUAAACAAGAUAAUGCAUUAUAUAAUUUGGGCAUUUUUCCCCUUCACAGUUGUUAGCAUCAUGGUAAAUGUAAAGUAGCCACAAGAUAAAUAGAUUUGUUCAUUUUUAUUUCCUUAUCUAAUCUAGUACCUUCAUAGAUACUCUAAUCUUCCUUCCAUUGUUUACAAAUUGCCAAUUCGUUAACUUGUGAAAGAAAAAAUUCACUUUUCAGAUUAAAACUAAGUGUAUAAUCAUUUUCUAAAAAUCACCACUGCUGUCUUUCCUUAAUACUAGCAGUGGAAGUUUAAGUGGCUUAUUCUACAAGUUUUGGUGCUAGUGAAUUCAUAGGCAAACUAUUGGGAAAUGCUCUAGUUACAUUCCUCCUUUUUUAUCCCUUUUCCCUACUUUAUUGCAUAGUACUGUAUAUUCCUCUCCCCAAAGAAUUGUACUACUAUAAUUCUCAACCCAAUUUGUAAUAUCCUUCUUUAAAACUUUUGUGUUUAAACUCUGUUAACCCUACUUAAUUACCCUAAUUCAUUCUUCCCACCGUCAGAAUUUCAUUUUGCCUGGUUUGUAGAGACUGCUUGCUUAUUAUUUUAGCUGGUGCACCUCAUCAGAACAGCAUACACAGAAAGAAACACACAAAAGAUCUCAGAUGUGUGAGCAUGGGAUUGGAAUCAGACUUCUGUGUCCAAUAAAGAACUAUCCUCACCCAAUGUGGUGGCACAUGCCUAUAAUUCCAGCUCUGGGAGGCUGGGGCAAGAGAAUUGCUAUACAUUUGAGCCCAGCCUGGGCUACCUAGUUCAAAGCCAGCCUAAACUACAUGUCUCAAAACAACAAAAACUGUCCUGCACUGAAGUGAUCAUGACUUAACUAGUAACAGACUGAUUCCAAAAAACUUGUUCAUUUCUUUUGAUCUAAUGAAUGUACUUACCUACUUCUCUGGCUUCCAGUGAUAAGCUCCAAGUGGUUGCUGCUUCUUUUUUUCUUUUCACGACUUUUACUCAAUUUCACUCAUAUCUUUUACUUUUAGUAAGCAUAUUAUAAAUAUUUCAUUAAUCUGUUCUCAAGUGGUUUAGGUACCUUUCUGCCAUUUUAAUUUAUUAAUUUUAUUUGCUUGAGCACACUGAUCAACCACUGAACUGCCUUCUAUUGUCCUGCAGUGAUAUUAAGGUUACAUUUUUGUGUAUAUGGCUUUCAUAGUUGGGAUUUCAGAGCACUGACACCAGAUAUUUUUGAGUUUCUCUGGGGGAAUUUCAUUUGCAUCUAUGUUUUUAGCUAUCUGUGAUAACUUGUUAAAUAUUAAAAAGAUAUUUUGCUUCUAUUGGAACAUUUGUAUACUCGCAACUAUAUUUCUGUAAACAGCUGCAGUCAAAAAUAAAACAUUGAAAGUUUUCA